AUGGAGCCACAUCCGGCGUUGUCCACCAACUAUGUUCUAAUCACCAUUAUCUACCGCAUCUUUUUUCAUCCGCUUCACCGCAUUCCUGGUCCUUUCCCGGCAAAAUUCACGGAACUAUGGCGAACUCGCAAAUACCUGGCCGGGAACUGGCAUUCGGACAUCCUCGAGCUGCACCGCAAGUACGGGCCCGUGGUGCGCAUCUCUCCGAACGAAGUAAGCUUCGUCGACAAAGAAGCUCUCGCCCAGGUCUAUGGCUACACCAAAUCAGCGAAGAAGACCAGCUGGUAUGAUACGUGGAAGGUUCCCGGUGCAGACACCUCUUUCUUCAACGAGACCGACCCCCGCCACCACUCUUUCCUCCGCAAGCGCGUCUCGGCAACCUACUCAAUGACGGGCAUCCUGCAAAUGGAAAAGGGCAUCCAAGGCGUCUCCGACCUGCUGUGGAAGCGCUUCCGCGAAUUCUCGCGCAGCGGCGUCGUCGUCGGGCUGCACGACUGGGUGCCGUACUUCGCCUUCGACGUGGUGGGCCAGGUGGCGCUGGGCGGGCCGAUCGGCUUCAUCGAGGCCAGCAGCGACCGCGAAGGCAUCAUCCCGGCCGUGCACAGCUACUUCUUCCUCGCCUCCAACAUCGGCUACCUGCCCGGCCAGACGCGCGCCUUCUUCAACCCGGCCGUGCAGACCGUCCUCGGCCUGCUGGGCGACAACGGCGAUGGCGUCAACUACCUCAACGCCUGGAUGUCGAACCAGAUGCGCCUCCGCCGCGAGCGCGGUCCGCCCAAGGACGGCGAGAAGGGCGAUAUGCUGGAUCACUUCAUCGCUAUGAAGAGUACGGAUGGAAGCCCGGCGCCCGACAGCGCCGUGCUGGCUGAGAUGGGCAACAUCAUUGGUGCUGGCGCUGACACGACGGCCAUCGGCAUCCGCUCUGUCAUUGGCCAGCUGAUGCUGCAUGAGGACUCGUACAAGCGGGUCCAGGAAGAGGUUGACGAGGCGUAUCGGCUUCACGGUUUCUCGGAUGAGCCUGGUUCUGGUGGCAUUCCGUUCUCUGUUGCGGAGAAGCUGCCUUUCUUGAACGCGUGUGUCAGGGAGGCCUUGAGGCUGCACCCCAGCAUCCUGUAUCAGCUGCCGAGAGAGACGCCCCCGCAGGGUCUCACUAUCAAAGACUACUACAUCCCUGCUGGCACGACUGUCAGUAUGAGCCCGUUGUCUCAUAACCGAUGCCCUGAAAUCUUUGGGGAGGAUGCGGAUGCCUGGCGCCCUGAGAGAUGGAUUGCUGGAGAGGGUUCGACUGAGCAGCGUGUGAGGGAAAUGAACAAGUUUGACACCACUUUUGGCUACGGCUCGCGCACUUGUGUGGGCAAGAAUCUGGCUUUGGUUGAGAUUCACAAAUUCACCGCCCAGUUGCUGCAUCAGUUUGAUGUGGAGCUCGUGAACAAAGAAAGACCGUGGGUCUUGAAGUCCAUGUGGUUUUCCGAUCAAGGUGAAAUGUUCGUGAGGAUCAAGGAGAGAAAGUGA